ACGUGGACUGAAGCUUCUGUCAUCAGAGUGUGAGAGGAAGGAAUAGGAAAGGCGGAUAUUUUAAUUCGGAAGGGGAAGAAGAAGCCAAGGAGAUGUGACUCGUGAGAAACUCAUGUCUAAACAAUUCAUGCCUUCUUCUCCCACGCAACUUUCACACGCCUCUCUCUGCUCUCUCUCCCCUCUCUCUCUCUCUCUCUCUCUCUCCCUCUCUCUCUCCGCUCUCUCGCCUCCUAUCUCUCUCUCUAUAUAUAUACUUUGCGUGUAUGUAUACUCCAUAUAUGCUUAUCUGAGUAGUUAUCAGAUCUCCUUGUAUUUGAGUUUCGCGCUGAAACCUAAACACCUUCUCUCUUACUGUUUGUAGAUUUGGGAAUGUGAUGGCAUUGCUUUGGUUAAGUCCAAUACCAUGUUUGGAAAGUAUUGAAGCAGUAGGCUUUGGUUAUAAUCUGUCGAAAAGUCCAGCGUGUUUUACCCCUGCAAGGAAGUAUGGUACUGCGGCUAGGAAACAGAGAUCCAACUUUAGGUGUUCCUUGUCGAAAGAAAUGUUGAUACCCUUGGACUUUGAAGAGGAUGAUAAUCUGAUUGCAUCAGUCUCUGUGGAAGAAGAAGAAGAACUUGACCAUGUUAUAAAGUUCGAUAUUUCUGAUUUUCAGAUAUGUGAUCGUGUCAGCAUUGGACUCGGUGGAAGGGGGGAUGAGGAAGUUUUUGAAGCUGUAGUUAAAAAUGACAUUAGUCCAUUCUAUAAUACAAAACUCGUACUUCGACGACUUAAUAGUGUCCAAGCUCAACGUAGGGGAAAGCGUGCAAUACAGGUUCUGAAGAAGCUAGCUCGCCGUAAACUCCUGUAUCAUUCUUAUUCUAUGCAAGUACAUGGGUAUGCUUGUUCAUCUGAAACUGAUGAUGAUGGCUCAUUUACCCUUGUUCAUGGGUAUCAUGGUAGUUUUUCACUAAAGCACUGGCUCCAACAAGCGGAUUGGCUUCCAACUUUAGAAGCUACUCUUGCUCUAGAUGAAGAAUCAGCGAAGAGGGUGGGAGAUGAUACAGUGGGGGGACCUGCUGUUUCUCGCCAGUUGCGUAUUAUUCGAGUCCUGAUGAGAGAUCUAUUAAUUGGGGUCAAUUAUUUGCACAGCCAUGGACUUGCUCAUACAGAGUUGAGACUGGAAAAUAUCCAUAUAAGUCCUCUUGACCGACAUAUUAAAGUGGGGAUACUGGGGAAUGCUGCAGAUUUUUCUGAGAAUAGUCCAAAUGAUCUUGCAGCAGAUGAUGAUAACCUUAGGCGUCAAAUGAUGAUUGCAUUUGAUAUGAGGUGUGUUGGAUUCAUCAUGGCCAAAAUGGUGGUGCGGGAACUAAUGGAUCCAGUGAUUUUUUCGAAGUUCAAAGCAUUCCUCACACAGGGAAAUGAACCUUCCUGUUUGCGUGAAUUUUUACUCCAGACCCUCAACAAGACGUCUACAUCCGGAAAUGCUGGACUACAGAUACUUGAUAGGAACUGGGGUGCCGGAUGGAACCUGUUAUCAUUACUACUUGCAAGCAGACCAUCUGACAGAAUCAGGUGCUUAGAGGCUCUCAGACAUCCAUUUCUGUGUGGCCCACGAUGGCGCGUGGAUCCAUCCAUGGAUUUCAUCAGGUGGAGUCUUGGCUCUACUGCAGUUCGAAUUAUUGAGGAAUACAUUUAUGGCCAGCAACAACGGACUAGAGUUGCACACUUCAUCGAAUUAAUGGAGAUGCUCAAUUGUCACUCGAAGCCGAAGAAUUGGCUUGAUAUGCUACCUGGAAAAUGGCGCUUACUGUACUGCACGGGAAGGCAUAUAGGAUUGACCUUUCGCCAGCCUCCUGCUAGAGUUCUCAUUGGCAAUGUGCAUUUGACUGUAAAUAGAACAUCAAAGGUGAACACGUCCCUUUCUUUUAAAUCUGACAUGGGAUUUAGAGUUCUAGUUGGCAAAGAAUGGCCUCAUGAUAAGGCAGGUAUAGACGGGGAAUUACACGUAAACUCCUUAUUCAGGCUGAUGGCUGGAAGAAGGCUAUAUCUAAAACAAGAAAAGGAUGCAACAAAGCUACCUCCGGGCACAUCAAAUGCUCAAGAUUCUGCCAUGGAAAAAUUAUCCGGUAAAAAGUGGGGAAAAGCACUUCCAUUUGAAGAAUUUCCUUCUAGCCUUCGAGUUGCUAAACUUGUUUCUGGUGAUGUUGAGGUGGGUAUUUCUCUUGACAAGCCAUUGAGUAAUAAUGUGAAGAUUGCACAAGAUGUAGUUCAAGAAAUCCGGACUCAAGUCCCCCCAGAAAUGUUUGACCUGUCUAAAAUUGUUUGCGGAACAUAUAUUGACAAGAGGCUAUUGGUCCUUCGCGGUGUGAACGGAUCAGCGCUCUUAUUUACAAGAUCUUGUAUGGAUGAAAAUUAUACAUAAGAAAAUCAAUGUAGGCAUUAUUUUAAGUAGUAUUUUAGUCA